CAGGCAUCGCGGGGUCCCCGAGCCCACCGAGCAUCGCGACUCCACGCACAUCCGCACCGUCCGAUUGACUUCACAUCCUUCGGCCGCGGUGACACGACGCCCGCCCCUCUCAAGCCACGACUCGCGACAGCACCGAACGCUGCCGGUCCACGAGACCGGCACGGCACGCAGCCGGCCCUGCGAGACGCCAACUCCGGCACCGGUACCGACUGGACACAGCCGGACGGCAGCUCUUAGAGAGUCGGACUGGGUGAGUAGGCUGUGCGGCUGCUGUAUCUGGUCUCUUGGAGGAAGAUCAUGUCACAAUCCGGUGGGAUUUAGGCCCAUCGUCCUCGAUAAUAGAAUGUCUGUACUGGUUAAAUAA